CGUCGCCUUGCUUCACUUCCCCCUCCUGAGUCCUCCACCUACCGGCAUUAUCAUUAUCAUGGUCUCUCUCACAGACCGUCAACAGAAUGACCUAGAGCUAGCCAUCUUCCAUUAUCUCACGAGCCGCAAAAACAAGUUCUCUCAAACACUCGCUGCCUUCCAGUUAGACAGCAACAUCGGUGAUAUACCUACAAAUGCACGGUACGACGGCAUUUUAGAGAAGAAAUGGGUUGCCGUUCUACGUCUUCAGAAAAAGGUUUUAGAACUGGAAACACGCAUAAAGUCUCUCCAAGAAGAGUUAGAGAAUGCUUCUUCCCCGGCUCAACGUGGUUCAGCUGUAGUAGACUGGGUACCUAAACCAGGAGCCUCCCCACGACACUCCCUUGCAGGACAUCGAUCACCGAUAACAAGCGUUGCUUUCCAUCCCAUUUUCUCCAUGUUGGCGACCGCGAGCGAAGAUUCCACGAUUAAAAUAUGGGAUUGGGAAACUGGAGAGUUUGAGAGGUCAUUAACAGGACAUACCAGAGACGUGAAAUGCGUGGACUUUCAUCCGAAGGGAUCGUUUUUGGUUUCUGCGUCGUCUGAUCUUACCCUCCGACUUUGGGACACGGAACUAUGGGGCAGACGUGGGUACAGUGGUCAAACGAUGCACGGUCACGAUCAUACGAUAUCCUCUGCUCGAUUCUUGAACAGUGGUGAUUACAUAGUUAGCGCAAGCCGCGACAGAACGAUCAAAAUCUGGGAGGUAGUCACAAAAUUCUGUAUCCGAACCAUAGCGGCACACGAUGAUUGGGUUCGAUCAGUGACACCUUCUUCCGAUGACCGACUACUCGUUAGCUGUUCCAAUGACCACAUGGCACGUGUUUGGGAAUUCAAGAACGGUCAGAUGAAGGUUGAGCUCCGAGGAGGGCAUGACCGCCAAGUUGAGGUUGCCGUCUUUGCGCCUGUUAACUCCUACCCGUAUAUUCGAGAACUAGUUGGUCUACAGGACGACGGCAACGAACCAGGUUUAUUUGUCUUUACUGGUGGUCGGGACAACCUAAUCAUAAUCUGGGAGACGCAAUCUGGACGUCAACUGAAGACCCUGAUCGGACAUGAUGGUUGGAUACGUGGGCUUGAAUUUCAUCCCUCCGGAAAGUUCCUCAUAUCAGCCUCCGACGACAAACAUAUGCGUGUCUGGGAUGUUUCAACUGGACGCUGUACACGAGUCAUCCAAGCUCAUUCACAUUUCGUUACUUGUAUAGCAUGGGGGCGGACGACGCACGGUAGUGGUCAAAACGGUGUCAAUGGUGAUGCCCCGGUUAACGGGAACGUUGCUAAGAAGCGAGCGAAUGUGAUAGCCACCGGAGGUGUAGACCUUGUGGUCAACAUUUGGACGCCUUGAAGACGGGAAGUGUCGUAUCAAGAUUGAAGCUUGAAUACUCGACAAAUACGUUAUUCUCGGUGACGCGAAGAGCGAGCGCUGGAGCGCUGGAGGUCAGCCGAUGUUUUUUACCACUUUUCCGGUUGCGUAUCUAUGCAUCCUAUUGUUUACACCCAAGUUGGAACCACAUUUUAUGGAAUCAUUCACUAUGAACUCUCACAUUCAUUUCUUGUACGAUAGUUGUAGAAAAAUCGAAGCUGUUUUUAGCCUUACAUGAAUUCAUUAAUAUCCGGG